AUGGCUGUACAUCCUGAACAUCAAAAACGAGGGCUCGGUGACGCUAUUGUGAAGGCGCUACUCCAAAAGAUCAAGCAGGAGGCGCCGGAGGACGGAACACCUUAUAUCUCACUGCUCGCCGAUGGACCGGGACGUCGGUUGUACGAGAAGAACGGUUUCGUGGAGACCGCACCGCAUUCACUGGGCAUGAUGCUGAACUGA